UGUAUUGUGUACCUGUGGUGGUGAGAGUGCUUGGCGCACUACCAGACACAUGGGCCCCAUCAUCAUUUCCACCACCACAUUCUCCUUUCAACCUACUCUCCCUCUCCUUUUCUCCUCUCCUAAGCUUGCUCUUUCUCUCCCUUCAAUACCCAAAUAAUUCUCUGUGCAAACGUUUUCUUUAAACCUUUCUUGAAUCUUAAAAAUUCUAACUGCCUCUUUCUUGUUUGACGAUGGAAGGUGGUCUUGGUUUACUUGGUGUAAGUGGUGGUGCUGGUGGUGGCUCUUCUGGGGCCUCAACAAACGAGUCUACUGUGUCAAAGGUGGAGGUUGUAGAUGCUGAGGCUAGUUCAUAUCCAAUAGAGGCUGAGCUAGAGCUGGGUCUGGGUCUGAGUAUUGGCGGUGGCGGUGGCAGUGGAGGGAAAGGCAAGGCAAGCGCAUGGGGCGAGUGUGGGAGAAUCCUGACUGCCAAAGAUUUUCCUUCUCUGGUCUCUCAGCCUCAUAGAGGUCAUAAUAAUAAUACUAAUGCUACAGCUUCUGCUUGUGUUGCUGUUUCUGGGACUAAAAGAGCUGCUGAGCCUGUUUCCCAUGAAGGUGGAUCCCCUACUUCUGUCAGUCAGGUUGUGGGGUGGCCUCCUAUAAGGGCUUAUAGAAUGAACAGCUUGGUGAACCAAGCAAAAGCUCCAAGAUCUGAAGAAGACAAUUCAGUUAAUGAAAAAGACAAAUCUAAGGAUUCUUCCAAGAAGAAAAUUUGCAAUGGUAACAAGGCCAAUGCUACUGGUAAUGAGAAAGGGCAUCUUGGAUUUGUCAAGGUGAAUAUGGAUGGGGUUCCAAUUGGAAGGAAGGUAGAUUUGAAUGCUCAUGCUUCCUAUGAGACACUUGCACAAACCCUGGAAGAAAUGUUUUUCAGGUCCACCUCAACCAUCAGUUCGAUGGGUGGAGAGAAGCAACAAUCAGCAAAUCCCUCUAAGCUUUUGGAUGGCAAAUCUGAGUUUGUACUCACUUAUGAAGAUAAAGAGGGAGACUGGAUGCUUGUCGGAGAUGUUCCAUGGGGGAUGUUCCUUAGCUCUGUUAAAAGGCUCCGGAUCAUGAGAACUUCUGAAGCUAAUGGGCUUGCUCCAAGAUUCCAAGAGAGGAAUGAAAGACAAAGAAGCAAGCCCGUUUAAGACCACCUCUGCUCAUCAUUUUAAACUCCAGAAAGAUGAAACUCAAUAGUUUGAAAACAAAGAGUAGAGAAAGUUGAUGAAUCAGAAAGUUCCGCUGAGACUGCAUUUUCACUGCUUUUUAGUGUUUUCUUUUUUUCCUUUCUCUCUCUCUCUCUCUCUUUCUCUCUCUCUCUUGCUUGAACAUUAUCUGGUUCUUGAAGGUUUUCUUUAUUUUUAUAGGUGAUAAUUCAUUUUAGUUUCUUUCUUAUACAAUGCUGCCACACAGGCAUUUGCACACUUGACUGCUGCUUUCUCAUACUGUAAAUAUGGGAGUAUUUGAUAUUUAGAGGGGAGUUUGCUGCAAUCCAAUCUAGCGGACUCAGUUUUAA